UCCAGCCUUUCCCCUUGCAUCGCAUCCUACUGAACGAGUUUCAGCCAUAAGGUGUUCACUAAUGGCUACUCGCAGAGUGAAGUAUGCAUGUUUAGUUCUUCUGAUUCUUGCUGUAGGUACAUGUUCUGCCUCUAGGGCUCUUCUGUCCGUAGGGGAAGAAGGUUAUGAGAGCAAUGCUGGUGGCUACGGGGCUGGCAGUGGUGGCGGCUCUGGUUACGGCCUAGGCGGAGAUCAUGGUGUUGGUUAUGGCAGCGGCGGGGGUGGUGGUUCUGGUUAUGGUGUAGGAGUAGGAGGAGAUCAUGGUGUGGGCUACGGUAGUGGUGGAGGUGGUGGUUCUGGCUACGGUGCAGGAGGAGGAGAUCAUGGGGUAGGCUACGGUAGUGGCGGAGGUGGUGGGUCUGGUUAUGGCGCUGGAUCAGGUGACCAUGGGGUGGGAUAUGGUAGCGGUGGUGGUGGUGGUAGCGGGUAUGGUGCUGGCGGAGAUCAUGGAGUUGGUUACGGUAGUGGAGGUGGUGGAGGUAGUGGUGCUGGUUACGGUGGUGGAGGCGCCCACGGUGGUGGUUAUGGCAGCGGUGGUGGCGGCGGCAGUGGUAGUGGCUAUGGUGCUGGUGGGGCACAUGGUGGUGGCUACGGCGCUGGUGGUGGUAGUGGCGGAGGUAGCGGGUAUGGAGCAGGAGGAGACCAUGGUACUGGGUAUGGAAGUGGGGGUGGAUCCGGAGGUGGUGAAGGGUAUGGUGCUGGAGGAGACCACGGACUCGGCUACGGCAGUGGAGGAGGGUCAGGAGGCGGUUCUGGCUAUGGUGCAGGAGGUGCACAUGGUGGCGGUUAUGGUAGUGGCGGUGGUGGCGGCGCUGGGUAUGGUGGAGGUGCAGGUGGCGCUGGUGGUUAUGGCGCUGGUGGCGGCAGCGGUGGUGGGUAUGGUAGUGGAGGCGGUUAUCUUGGUGGUGUUGGGUACGGUGCUGGAGGUGGCCAUGGUGGCGGUGAAGGGUAUGGAGGUCAUGGUGGCUAUGGUGGUUACCAUCCUUGAGAACAGCCAGCAUAUUGUCUGCUUAGUUACGAUUUCUCCGUUUAGAACUAUACAUCAAGGUGCUUGCGCUUUGAGUGUUGUGUCUGUCUCUAUGUAUCUCGAAUAAGAUUGUCCGGAGUCGCGUUUAUCAUAGUACCAAGCUGUGAUGAGGAGCCUUAUGGCUCUUCCAUAAACUAUGUUGUUCUCCAUCGAAUUAAUGGAAUUUCUGUAUAUUUUCUACUUUA